GGAAAACUGAAGAGACGGACAGAGACAGACAGAGAGACAGCAGGAGAAAGUGAAGAAGGAGAGUAAAGCAGUAGAGAGAACGGCGAAAACAUCUGGAUUAUUUGCUAGGAAAAACGACAAACAGCCGCGUGGCCGUGAAAUAAACACCAAAAAGCUGACAGGAGCUCUGGAGAGAAGAAGCUACAGUCCUUGGAGAUACUGGAGAGACGGACCGACUCUGAGUGCUUUGAACAAUAUCAAUUCUAUCUGCUCAUAAAAGGCGGCUGAAGACACAAACAAACCCUCUCCGAACCAGAGCUCAACCCGUCGUUUCUUUUUGCAGACCGGUGUUUGCACCGGCUGACCUCCAUGUAUAAGAUGGAUUACUCCUACCUGAACUCCUAUGACUCCUGCAUGGCGGCCAUGGAAGCGUCGGCCUACGCGGACUUCAGCUCUUGCAGCCAGGCCAGCUCUUUCCAAUACAACCCGAUCCGGAGCGGACCCUUCUCCAACCCGGGCUGCACUCCGCUCAGCACGGCCAGCUGCACCCUGGGAGCCCUGCGAGAGCACCAGCCCACACCUUACUCCUCAGUCCCUUACAAGUUUUUCUCGGACCCCUCCGGCCUGAACGAGAAGAGGAAGCAGCGGCGCAUCAGGACCACGUUCACCAGCUCCCAGCUGAAGGAGCUCGAGCGGGUCUUUGCCGAGACACACUAUCCGGACAUCUACACCCGAGAGGAGCUGGCGUUGAAGAUAGACCUGACCGAGGCCCGGGUACAGGUGUGGUUUCAGAACAGGCGGGCCAAGUUUCGUAAGCAGGAGCGUGCAGCCAACGCCAAAGCAAACAGCUCCGGUGGCACCUCAGGCAGCAACAGCAGCAGCAGCUCUGGGGGGAAGAAGGGCGGCGAGCCGAGAUCUUCGUCAGACGACGACGAGUCCAAAGAAUCCACCUGCAGCCCCACACCUGACAGCACGGCCUCCCUGCCGGGCUCGGCCAACGGAAAUUUGGGCAGUCCUGCCAGCCUGAGCCCCAGCCCGGCUCCUGCCAACAGUGUCUACGGUAACACCUCCAGCUCUCCGGUUCUCCAGGGCCUGAAGCCGCCGAGCUGGUCCAGCCUGGGGCCGUCCAACCCGGCCGUGGCCCAGCCUGCUGCGCAGACUCAGGAGAUCCUGAAGGCCUGGCAGCCGGCGGACAGUAUGACCGGGCCCUUUGCCGGAGUCCUGUCCUCCUUCCACAGAAAACCCAACCCCACCAUCAAGACGAACCUGUUCUGAAGCACAGAGGAAGAGAAAAUGAAAAACAGACAUUAUGCAGUUUACUGGAACAGUGAGGAGUUUCUAAAUUGAGAGUCAGGACUUGCCCAUUAUAACGCUGAUUUCGCCGGUGUAGUCUGCUGUAGCUCAGCGAGGCCCCCGGUUCUCCUCUAAAAAAACGAUCCUGUCAAACUGAUUCAAAGCCCAGAUAAUAAAAGGCAAAGGUCUGGCCACCAUCUCUCACCCCAAAAUAUUAUGCAAUUGCACAUUUUACCUGCAAAACUCAACAUGGACGCGCCCAGUUUCCUCCCUGCCAUUAACUUUCAAACUCAAAUCAGAGCCGUUCUUACAGUUUUGACAGGACAUCUUGCUCAGAUAUAAACUCUAACCCUCUAUUUAAUGAUAUAACACUCUUCAUGUAUAGGACCUUAAACGCCACUGUGUCAGAAGGAUGUUUGUGUGUGGCCGAGUCAGAACACAUAGGACUCAAUCUCCUCGUCUGAAGACUCACAUUCCCACACUCGCUGCGUUGCAACAAACCCUCAUGGGGGCCCGCAGAGCAUGGCGGUCAGGUAGCCUACGAGUUUUAAAGCAGAAAUCUAAACAUCACGCUCCAGUCUCCGCUGGGGAAACAAAACAAACAAACUUUUACCCUCAAGCACAACUUCCUCUUAAGCCCCCUGACACACAGACUCCCAGAAGGGAGAACAGAGUCCCCCCUUAAUCUCUUUGCCCCGAAAUCCAAUUACAGCAGCCGGGUCCAGACCAGCCUUCUUUACUGUAUCAAGUCCUGACUCCCCCCUCCUACCCUACUCCCAUCCUCAGUGUGACCCCCUCCCCCUUCAAGGUCCCAUCCCUUCACACUCUCUCUGUCCCGCCAUGCCUUUCUCUAUCAAACAGUGGGCACUUUGUUGAAAUUCAGUGCAAAGGGGGACAGGCUCCCGCUGCAACCUCCUGCGCUGUUCCUCGGGCGGAGAGAGGUGAGGAGUUUUACACAGAGCAGAGUGUAACCUCCAAAUCUGUCAGUCUAGUUAUAAGUGACUUGUGCUGUUGGUUUCAUGGUACUGCAACUGGGUUUUCUCACUUUCGUCGAGAGCGUUUUGGCGAUGCUCCUGCUGGAUUGUUGAGUGCGUUCAACAGGUAGCGGGGUCUUCAACCCGUGGUGGGAACUCACCACCCGCUUUGACUCUUUAACCGGGUCCAUCAACAAAUGCCCCACAGCUGACGAACACGAGACGAUGUUUCUCAGAGUUGCAAAGCAAGUUGGCGAGAGAGCCGCAGACAGUUCCUGGAGUUUUCUACUGUGUCCAUUAACACCCUGAUUUUGGUCCUGCUGGCACCCAUCUUUGUUUGUUUUUUGCAACAACAACAAAAAUAAUUAGCUGUUUUUACUUUUCUCCAGUUGCUUGUGUAUCACCUAUUUCGUUUUGUUGCAAAUCACUAAAACAAGACCCUUUUCAGAGCAGAUUUUUUUGGGGAGAGUGGGUGUGGGGGGCUUCAGAAAUCUGCUCAAAAAGGUGAAAAAAACAUGUAUUUAUUAAUAUUCUUUAUUCUGUCAGUGAGAAACCCACACAUUUCUCUUGAACUGCUCCAUGAACUUUUGUGACUGUAAAUUCCGUAAUUAGUAAUAUAAAUAUUAGGUAGCCUUUUUGUUUCUUUCUCUAAUGUUGCUUUACAGAUUUAUUUCAUCGCAGAGCACCUGUCUCAACACGUCCAUGAAAACUAUGAAUCGACGGAAGCUCUAGUGAAUGAGAAGUUAUAGCACUACUCUGAAUAUUCUAAUAAAUCUACAUUAUGGAA